UAGAAUCUAUUAAGUGACAAAACUUCAGGACAGAAAAUGGCGACGGCGGGGAGUCGGACGUCGUCGUUAGGCGGAUUAUUAGACUCCGGUAGCGGCACAAACGUCGGGAACGGACUUCAGGGCAGUUCUGGCGGCUCCACGCUUUCGAACAGCAGCGGGAAGGUGAAGAGAAAUGCCGGGGAGAGUUCGCAGUGGAGGCGGAAGGUGAGGAGCGUGGAUCUGGAUAAAUGCGAGAGCGGGACCGCAGCGCUGCACUUCCUCACGGUGUCCGGUCCCGGCUCGAUCCAGACCGCAUUACUGCAGCAGAGCAGCAGCGAGAACCUGUGCAAUAGUGCUCAGGAAUGGACGAGGAGCGCUUUAAAGAGCAGCGAGAGUCCGAGCGCUGAACAUGGAGUGAACGCUUCACACAGCAGUCGGGACAUGGAGAGCAAGGAGACUCUGCGUGGGCUGCAGAAGAUGGAGGACCGGCCAGAAGAGCGCCUGAUCCGAGAGAAGCUCAAGGCCACCUGUAUGCCCACCUGGAAGAGCGAGUGGCUGGAGAGGCGGAGCAGGAGAGGCCCGAUGGUAGUGAAGCCCAUUCCUCUGAGAGCAGACGGCAGUGAGGCGGGAAGCGACAGCCACAGCUCAUCUUCCUCUCAGAGCAGAGGUCAUCGCAGCCCUUCGCCUGGACCUUCCUCUUCCUCGUCCUCCACUAAGAGCGCUGGGAAGCCUGAUUCUCCUGGUCUGCGCAGACGGAGAGGAUCCCCAGUGCCUAGUGGGAGGGUGACGCCCCCUCGCAGAGCUCCCUCCCCUGAUGGCUUUUCCCCAUAUAGUCCAGAGGAGACCAACCGCAGGGUCAACAAGGUCAUGAGAGCCCGCCUCUACCUGCUGCAGCAGAUAGGACCCAAUUCAUUCUUGAUUGGCGGAGACAGUCCUGACAACAAAUUCCGGGUGUUCAUUGGUCCACAGACGUGCAGCUGUGGCCGAGGGACGUUCUGCAUCCACGUGCUCUUCGUCAUGCUCCGAGUCUUCCAGCUGGAGCCGUCAGACCCUCUGCUGUGGAGGAAGAGCCUGAAGAACUUUGAGGUGGAGAGCUUGUUUCAGAAGUACCACAGUCGCCGCAGCUCGCGCAUCAAAGCUCCCUCACGCAGCACCAUCCAGAAGUUUGUGUCUCGCAUGUCCAACUCUCACACGACGUGUACCUCCAGCGCCUCCCCAUCCAGCAACGAAAGCAGCAUGAAGGAUGAGGAGGAGCAGAUGUGCCCCAUCUGUCUGCUGGACAUGCUAGAUGAGGAAAGUCUGACGGUGUGUGAAGAGGGCUGCAGAAACAAACUCCACCAUCACUGCAUGUCUAUAUGGGCCGAGGAGUGCCGGAGGAAUCACGACCCAUUAAUCUGCCCUCUGUGUAGAGCCAGGUGGAAGUCUCAUGAUUUUUACAGUUAUGAAGCACCAUCUUCAGUGGAAAACACAACAAACCACUCUCAGAGUCAAACAGCUGCUGCUUCAGCGUCUUCAUCUCUUCAUACCGAGAGCUCGAGAACGGGGCAGGAGGGCGACUUCUCUCUCCCACAGUAUGGAGUACAGCACAUCCCACAGACAUACACAGAGCUCGCCGAACCCUGGAUCAAGGUGUUUGGUUUGGAGUUGGUCGGCUGUCUCUUUUCCCGAAACUGGAACAUCAGAGAAAUGGCUCUUCGGAGGCUGUCACAUGACGUGAGCGGCGCCCUCCUGUUGGCCGGGGCGGGUGCAGGGGCGGGGCUGGGGACAGCAGCAGGGGAGGUGUCUGGAGACGUGGUGGUGGAGUCCUGCUGUAGCGUGCUCUCCAUGGUCUGCGCUGACCCCGUCUACAAAGUCUAUGUGGCAGCACUGAAAACCCUGCGAGCGAUGCUGGUCUACACUCCCUGUCACUCGGCGUCAGAGCGGACGCGAUUACAGCAGCUGCUGCGGCCUGUGGUGGACACCAUCCUGCUCAAGUGUGCAGAUGCUAACAGGUACUCGCUUAAGAACAGCUCUGACUUUGAGCUGUUCGUCUGUACUUUUCUGGUGUUGUGGAGAUGUCAAAUGGGGGAGCUCGCUGUGGGAAGAGAAAUCCUCAAAGCAGGCUCUAUUGGUAUUGGUGGAGUUGACUAUGUCCUGAACUGUAUCUUGGGCUCUAAAACGGAGGCCAGUAACUGGCAAGCACUGCUGGGGCGGCUGUGUCUGAUCGACAGGCUCUUACUGGAGUUUCCUGCUGAAUUCUACCCUCAUAUCGUGUCUGGAGGAGACUGUGACCAGGCCCAAAACGUUGUGGAGAGGUACCAGAAGCUGCUGCCUCUUCUGAGUUUCGCGCUGCAGUCCAUCGAUAACUCUCACUCCAUGGUGGGUAAACUCUCUCGCCGGGUCUUCCUGAGCGCCGCUCGUAUGGUAGCGCGUGUGCCUCAUGUCUUCGUUAAGCUCCUGGACAUGCUCAACAUCACCAGCUCCACUCACUACGCCCGCAUGCGCCGGCGUCUCCUGGCCAUCGCAGAGGAGAUGGACAUCCUGGACGCCAUCCACCUGGGACUAGACGACCUACAGACAGUGCACAGUUCACACUCCAGCGCUUUCCUCGGACCCGCAGCCCCCCAUAACUCCCCGUGUGCCACCGAAAGAAGCUCUCCCACCCCUGAUCUACAGCAGCCCACCGCCAAGGUGGCGCUUUCAGGUCAAGCCAGUUCUGCUCCUGUGGACGAUAUAACCGAGAGACUCUCAAACGUCGUCACAAGCCCUGCUGAGUUUCCAAAGCCCCCCGUUCAACCCCGAAACAGACCCGUGAGUCAGUGUUUGAACUCCCCGUCAUCUGGUCAACCCCCAAGCCUUCCUUCUCUGUCCAUGGCCAACGCCUCAGCCUUCCCUCCAGAAAACCCCAAAGCCCUGCCACAGAGUUUUAUGCCCAACAAGCUCACCCAGUCCUCACUGAGUACUCAGCACAAGAAGGGAUUAAAUGGAGGCGUCUGUGGCAGUAAGGAGCUGGAGAAGCUGCCUUCUCCUGUGUUUACCCAAGCUCUGCCACUGCCCUCGAGUCAGAUCCACCGGCCCAGACCCACUCGCCCCUCUCCCGCUGCCCCAUCUGACGGAGCUAAAGCUUUAAACCCAGGGUCGAAGAGCAACAUGAAACUGGACCUUCAGGAGGUCAGGUCCGGCGGAUCCGCUCUCAUCCCCAGCGAGGACUCGGUCUUCACUCCAGUGGAGGAGAAGCUUCCCGGUCUGGACGCCUCGGCCGAUCUCAGCUCCAGCAUGGAGGACCUGUUGGAAACCUCCAUCCCCGCGGCGGACAGCACGGUCACCUUCCAGUCCGAAGUGGCGGUGCUGUCACCAGAGCAGGCCAACACAAACAACGACGCGUACAGCGAAGACGUGACCCAGAACCAGAAGUGCAAGGAGAAGAUGGAAGCUGAGGAAGAGGAGGCGCUCUCUGUGGUAAUGGCCAUGUCCGAGUCGCAAGACGCCCUGCCUGUCAUCCCGCAGUUACAGGUGGAGAAAGAAGAGGACGUGAUCAUUAUUCAGGUGGAUACGCCAGAGACUCUGCCUGGUCAUACCAAAGCAAAGCAGCCAUACAGGGAGGGCAAGGAAUGGCUCAAAGGUCAGCAGAUUGGCCUGGGUGCCUUCUCGUCAUGUUACCAGGCUCAGGAUGUGGGCACUGGCACUCUGAUGGCUGUCAAACAGGUGACGUAUGUGAGGAACACCUCCUCAGAGCAGGAAGAGGUGGUGGAGGCACUACGAGAGGAGAUCCGCAUGAUGGGUCUCCUCAACCACCCCAACAUCAUCCGGAUGCUCGGGGCAACCUGUGAGAAGAACAACUACAACCUGUUUGUGGAGUGGAUGGCAGGUGGCUCUGUGUCUCAUCUCUUAAAUAAGUAUGGUGCCUUUAAGGAGGGUGUGAUCAUCAACUACACCGAACAGCUCCUGCGAGGUCUCUCCUACCUCCACGAGAACCAGAUCAUCCACCGUGACAUCAAAGGUGCCAAUCUACUAAUAGACAGCACGGGCCAGAGGUUGCGGAUAGCUGAUUUUGGGGCAGCGGCACGGCUGGCUUCGAAAGGCACCGGUGCGGGGGAGUUUCAGGGUCAGCUCCUGGGAACCAUUGCCUUCAUGGCUCCUGAGGUGCUGCGAGGGCAGCAGUACGGCCGCAGCUGUGAUGUGUGGAGUGUGGGCUGUGCUAUUAUAGAGAUGUCGUGUGCGAAGCCGCCCUGGAACGCCGAGAAACACUCCAACCAUCUGGCACUCAUUUUCAAGAUCGCCAGCGCUACCACAGCGCCCACCGUCCCGCCCCAGCUGUCUCCAGGCCUGCGGGACGUCACCCUGCGCUGCCUGGAGCUCCAGCCCUCCGACCGGCCGGCCUCCAGAGAGCUGCUGAAGCAUCCCAUCUUCCGGCACAGCUGGUAGAGCCGGCGCGGCGCCGCGAGACGUCAGACUACUGAAGGCCGCGUCCGGCCUGUGCUCAUACUGCUGUCCUGUGUUCCUAGUGCCAGUUCUUCUGUCUCUCUCUUGCCUGAACAAUCAAAACACAGUCACUGAACAGAGCCCUGAAUGCUGUAGCCCCAACACCUGAUGCAAAAACACGCUCGCACAUGGAUAAAAGUGCCAUUUCUGUUUUUACGUUAAGACCUCUGCUCUGUUUACUCUCUGAAAUCAGGUGGUCUUUAGUAAUAGAGAGGCUGAGAUCUGAACACACUUGCUGCAUGUCGGCCCUCACGCUUUGUUUUACACCAUGAAUGUGGUUUGGUGAAAGACAAAUCUUUGCUAGUUGAACUAGCACACCGCUGAAUGUGAAUGCUUAUGAUGCCCGUAUGGUUCGCUUUUCAUUUCUGAAUGGAGAUCAUGUGUAUAAAUAUCUGGUUUUACUUGUUUUAGCUCAAUGGGUGUAAUUGGGAAAGCUAUGCCCCAAUUUCAGACUGUGAGAUGUGUAUAUAUAAUUCUUAUUGUACUUGUUGGAAAGUCUCACUGGAACAUCAUUUCUGAUCUCCAACUCCAUUUCAGUUUGUAUGUUGUGAUUUGACUCAUGAUUCAGUUGGAAUUACUCAGCCAUGUUUUUGGUGCUGUUCUGUUCACAUUCACGAAAAUCCGACAGGCGUUUUGUAAACGAUCAAGCUUCCUAAAGGAGUGUCCAGCUCCUGAAUAUUUCCUCAUGUGUUCUUUACGCUUUUGCGAGCGUACAUGCUGUUGAACCUUUCAGUGCUCUUAAGCAUUGUUUUCCCAAAAACAGUUAACGUUAUGCAUGUUCUGAAGACGUGUCCGGUGUAUGAACUGUAGCUCUUCGAGUCUUGUUGCUGUUUAGGUUAAAAGGUUUUUUUGAAAGAUUUUAACAGAAUAUAUCGAUGACCUUAUUUGGACUCCCUUCACACAAAUCUCAGAGUUUUAAACGUGACGAUUUCAAAACUAUUUUUAAUAGUAACGUUAUUUAAUUGGAAAAUUCUACUACUUUGUGGAAUUGAGUUCUGAUGUAAAUAUGAAUUUUGGUAGCUAAAUGUAUUUUACUUGACUCCUGCAAUGUUUUUUUGUUUUGUUUUUAAACCACACUUCUCAUCAUAAAUAUGUAUUUCGUUCUUGCAUUUGGGUGUAUUUUCUUUUUCUCUUUUUCUGUGCCUUUAUAAAAGCUUUAAAGUUAUG